CUGGGCGAAAGAAGGCCAAAAUGCUUCUACUUAGGAGAGCUCCGACCGUGAUACUAGUCUUAUAUUCAUGUAUAUUACUUUGCGAAAGUAAAACUGUAAAUGAAGUCAGACAUCAUGGGAGAAAGUUCCCCGAUGGCUUCCUGUUUGGAGCAGCAACCGCCUCCUACCAAAUUGAAGGCGGUUGGGACGCAGAUGGAAAGACCGAAAAUAUUUGGGAUCAUAUGACUCAUAACGAACCCUGCUCAACCGAUGAUUGUCUGAACGGAGACGUCGCCGAUAACUCGUACAACCUCUACAAGAGAGACGUAGAGAUGGCAAGAGAACUUGGACUUGACUUCUACAGAUUUUCUAUCUCUUGGGCGAGAAUUCUUCCAACCAGUUUCCCAGAUAAAAUAAAUGAAGCUGGAGUACAAUAUUACAACAAUUUGAUUGACGAAUUGCUGAAGUACAACAUCGAACCUGUGGUAACAAUUUAUCACUGGGAUUUGCCCCAGAAACUGCAAGAAAUGGGUGGCUGGACCAACUCUUUCAUUACAGACUGGUUUGCUGACUACUCCCGAGUAUUAUUUGAGCAAUUUGGAGAUAGAGUUAAAUACAGUGUNUAUUGGAUCACUAUUAAUGAGCCCCGCGAGGUUUGCUAUCAAGGAUACGGAACAAACACCAAAGCUCCACGAUUGAACAUAACCGGCAUGGCCGAAUAUAUGUGUGCCAAGAACCUGUUAGUUGCUCAUGCUAAAGUAUAUCACAUUUACGACCAAGAGUUUAGAGCAACACAGGGAGGCACCAUUGGUAUCACACUCAGUGCACAAUGGUAUGAACCUGAAAAUGAAAAUCAUGCCGAAGCUGCAGAGACACUCCUACAGUUUGAGUGGGGAGAGUACGCUCAUCCAAUAUUCUCCAAAACUGGAGACUUCCCCCCUGUAAUGAAGGAGAAGGUAGCGGCAAAGAGCGCAGCGCAAGGUUUCCCAAGAUCAAGACUACCCGAAUUCACUGCUGAAGAAAUAGAGAUGGUUCGUGGAUCGUCAGAUUUCUUCGGACUAAAUCAUUACACAACGUACUUGGUAUACUCAAACGAAUCGUUGGAAUAUGAUGCACCAUCAUACUACGAUGACAUUGAAGCUAAAUUGUAUCAUCCUAACCAUUGGAGCGGAGGAGCAUCGGUUUGGUUGAAGAAUAUUCCCUGGGGAUUCUAUAAACUGCUGACGAAGAUUAGGGAGGACUAUGACAACCCUCCAGUUUACAUCACUGAAAACGGCUUUUCAACUCGAGGGGGCCUUGAUGAUGAUGAUCGUAUUAUUUACUAUAGAGGCUACCUGAAUGAAAUGCUGAACGCCAUUGAAGAAGGAUCAGACAUUAGAAUGUACACUGCCUGGAGUCUUAUGGAUAACUUUGAAUGGAUGCGUGGAUACACCGAACGUUUUGGACUCUACGAAGUGGACUACGAGAGCCCAGAACGCACGCGCACACCGCGCAAGUCCGCCUUCGUGUACAAGGAGAUCGUGCGCACGCGCGCCCUCGACUUCAACUACGAGCCCGACACCACCGUCAUGACCAUCGAUGAAGGACACUGAUUAAUACAAAAAGACUUGUAAAAACAACUAUUAAGUUGUUUUUACAAGUCUUUUUAAUAUUAAUUAGUAAAAUUUUCUGAUUAGGAAAUAAAAACAAUGCUCA